AUGCCCCGAGUUUGGCUCAUCAGUGGUGCAAACACAGGCAUCGGCCUUGAAAUUGCAUUAAAGGCCCUGAAGGAGGGUGACCAGGUUAUUGCCGCCGUCCGAUCUCCAGAAAAAAUCCCAGACAGUAUCAAGGGACCAAGCAUGUCACCAGUCCAAUUCGAUUUAUCGUGGUCUCAAGAGGCGAUCCACGAAUUCAUGACCAAAGCUGUCAGCGUAUUUGGGAGGAUCGAUGUCCUGGUGAACAAUGCCGGGUACGCUUACAUGGGUGCAAUUGAGGAAGUGAGUGACGAAGCCGUGAAGAGACAGUACGACAUCAAUGUCUUUGGCAUUCUUCGUACAAUCCGCGCCACCUUGCCACACUUCCGCCAACAGAAAUCAGGCCUUAUUAUGAACUUCAGUUCCAUCGGUGGCUUCCAUGGCUUUGCAGGCAAUGGGAUCUAUUGCUCAACAAAGUUUGCAAUUGAAGGGAUCACCGAAGCCAUCGCACAAGAGGUUGCACCUUUUGGCAUUGAGGCUGUGAUCGUGGAGCCAGGCUAUUUCCGGACGAACUUCCUCUCAGCCGCCUCCGCAGGCCAGAAUCUUGCCCCCGCCAUCAAGGCAUACGAGAACACUCCGGCCGGUGAAGCUAGGCGAGCAUUUGCAAAAUACAAUCUGAAGCAACCAGGGAAUCCUGUCCUUCUGGCGGACCGAACUUGGGAAUAUGCCGCGAAGAAAGGCAUGUUUGCCAAUCGGAAACAACUACUGAGGCUCCCUCUCGGAUCCGACACGGGCGCUCAAAUGAGAGCAUUUAUCGCAGAUCUGGAAGAAACGGUCAGGGAGUACAAGGAAGUCUAUGAGAGCACUGAUUUCAAGGAAUGA